AUGGCCACUGCAACGGCAGAUCCUACCGCAAAUGCCAGCUCCAGCACGACCAAGACUCCUGCUCAACUCAUGCAGGAGAAGCACGAGGCUGCAGAGGCGCAUCAUGUGACGGUCGAAGAUGUCGUCGACGAAGACGACAUUCAACAUCCUCCCCCUGCCCAUCAUCCUGCAGAAGAGGCGGAAGAUACCACAACCAACACCAACGGGGCUAGCAACGUUCCAGUGUCGGCAAAGGCCGCAGGAAAGCAAAAGGCAACUGACAAGCCUCCGGUUCUUGACACUCAGUCUGAGGAGGCGUUCCCAUCUUUGGGAGCCGCCACGAAACCUGGCACCGCUGCCCCCGCGAGACAGCCCGGUUGGAUAGCCAGUGCUUCUGCCAAAGCUGCUCCAACAAAUGGUUCUCCCGCACUGGGAUCCCGCCCGACCUCUUCCGGUGCUCCAACGCCGGCCUCGACGCCCGGUGCGCGGACUCCUGUCACCACAGCCGGCCCACGCAGCAACGUCGUUCUUCCUGGAAGAUACCGCGACUCCUUUGAAAUCGACAACGCCGAUCUGGACAAGAGCAAACCUCUGUCACGCAUCUUGAACGACGUCAAAAAGAAGUUCAAUGUCAUCGUUACUCCCAAGUCUACCAAUUUCGCGACUCGAACCGAAUUCAUUGCCGAGGGUCCCAAAGCCCGGGUCACGGAGGCUCUGAUGUACGUCUCUAAGGAACUCACGCUCGAGAAACAAGUUAAGUUGGAAAUUCCGUCCACCGUCUCCGCCCAGAUCAUUGGCAAAGCAGGUGCGAACAUCAAGAAGCUUGAAAACCAAUUCAAUGUUCGCAUACAUAUUGAUCGUGAUACGAAACCCGUCACGAGCCCCGAAGAUGUCAGGACGGAUGUGGUCGAGAUUCGUGGGAAUGCUGCUCAAGUUCGGCAAGUCUACGAGCAGAUCUCAAAUCAGGUCAAAUCCCUGCAGCCGAAAGUCGAUCUACCCGUUCGCAACAUUCCUCCGGAAUUCUAUCCGUUCAUUGCUGGCCGGCACGCAGAUCGUAUUCAACAGUUGGAGCAGGACCGUGACGUUCGGAUCAAUGUGCCGCAGUACCACACGUGGCAGCAACAACCGCCACCACGGCCUGCCGAGGCGGACCAACCCCCUACCUUCGUCCCUCACGGAGACAAUCACAUCGUCAUUUCUGGCGACCAAGCCGCUACAUUAGAAGCACGGCUAUUCCUCGAGCAAUUGGCCGAAGAGCUCCAGAAGGAACUAGUGCUGGAAGAGCUUGCCGCCGAACAGAUUCUACAUCCAUACAUUGUCGGCGAGCGCGGCAUGGACCCUCUGAAGUUCUUGGAGGAGACAGGCUGUGCUGUUAUUCUCCCGCCGCCCCAUCAUGAGACAGAGGAUAUCCACAUCAUCGGCCCCAGAGACAGGCUCGAAGCGGGUCGGAAUCUUGCCGAAGAACUUAUGUCCCGAAAGCACAAUCGAGCCGUCGAUAUGCACAAGCAUUUCAACGAUGCCCCUCAAGGUCCGGAGCGCCACUCAAGAGCACUUGCCCAGUACCUUCAACAGAAGGCUAUUGAACGAGAAUUCAUGAAGUCUCACGGUGCAGAAAUUAUCUUCCCACCAAGCAACAGUGCCUCCCCGAGCUGGACUGUCAUUAGCAACGAUCCCCAGAAGGCACUGUCUGCGCGCAACGAGCUCUCGAAAAUCACUCAAGCCUAUCCUUCGGCGAGAAUCCAGUUGGUCGAAGUUGAUCCCUUCUUCCACCCUCAUCUUGAACAGAUGCAUGCAGCCAAUCUGAGGGAUGAUCUGGGUGUCCAUAUGAUCGUGCCUGAGGACGGCUCGGAUCCCGUCGUGCUAGUCUACGAGGGUCCUUCGCAGGAGGAGCCUUUUGCGAUUCCUCGCACGAAGCCCAGCAAGGCUGAAAUGGCCACCUUUGAGAAAGCUCUUCAAGAGGCACAAGCCUUGCUACUCAGUAACAUUCCUCAUCAAGGUAUCUCUGUUCAGGAUAUUCAUGUCCCGAAGAAGUUUCAAGACAAGGUCAAGAGAUUUGUGAACAAUGAGCCUAGACCUGUCCCUCCGCAGGCUUUCCCCGUGCAAGUAGACUUUGGCGGCGCUAGAGGCGGUCCAAGACAACCCAAUGGUGUCUCUAGAGGCUCACCAUCCGAAAGAGUCUAUCUACGUGGGCCAAGUGAGGUAGAUAUCGCGGAACUCCGCCAGAAGAUCGAACAGUUCUUACGAGAGGCCGAAGAAGACGAAAAGGAGCGUGGAUAUACAACAACUUUUGCGUUUCCAACCAAAUUCAACAAGAAUUUGAUCGGAAAACAAGGUGCCAACAUCAAAGCCCUGCGUGAAAAGCACGACGUAGAGAUCGACACUCGCGAAGACGGCCAAAUCUCCAUCAAAGGACCGGCAAAGAAGGCUGAAGCUUGCAAAGCGGAAAUCCAGCGGCUUGCCAAACAAUGGGAAGAUGAAGUCAACUUCGCAAUCAAAAUUGACCCCAAAUACCAUGGCAUGCUCGUGGGCCGGAACGGAGAGAAUCUGCAGAAAAUCCAAAGCAAAGUUGAUAACGCGGUGCGGAUUGACUUCCCGAAAGUGCAGAAAUUCAGCGACGAUGCCUCUGUCGCCGACACAGCGAGCGAAGCUGGCGUUGGCAGGGGUCAGCCUCAGGAUGAGAUCAGGAUACGAGGACCCCGAGCCAAGGCCGAGAAGGUUCGCGACGAACUGUUGAGUCUCCACCAGUACUUGGUCGAUAACUCUCACACUGCAACUGUGUCAGUGGCGCAAGGACAGAUCGCCUCUCUCAUCGGCAGGCGUGGUCAGGAGAUGGAGAAGCUCAGAGCCGAUACAGGAGCUCAAAUUGAUAUUCCAAAAGCCGAUGGCUCUGACCGUGUGACAAUCCAGAUCAAAGGCACCAAGCAGCAAGUCGAGAACGCCAAAAAGGAGCUAGAGAAGCGAUCCAAGGCCUUUGAUAACAUUCUUACGCGCACUGUGACGGUUGACAGGAAGCACCACCGUGCUCUGAUCGGAGCUGGCGGCUCUCACAUCCAAAACCUUGUCGCCAAAGCAGGCGGCACCGGUUCUAGUGCGGAGCACGUCCGAUUCCCCCGUCAAGGGGACGAGUCUGAUGAGCUUACUGUCAGGGGUACAGCUGACGUUGUUGAGAAGAUCGUGGCAGCCAUUCAAUCCUUUGUGGACGAGCGAGAGCACCAGACGACCGAAACACUUGAUGUACCCGUAAACCAGCACCGUAAAUUGAUUGGGCCGAACGGCAGCAUUCGAAAGAAACUUGAAGAAGAGUUCAGCGUGACCCUCAAUGUGCCUAGUCAGGGCACUGGACUAACGGGUGUGAAGAUCAUUGGUCGUCCGGAAAAUGUCUCCAAGGCCAAGGAGUGCAUCCAAGGAAUGAUUUCCAAGCCCCAGGGUGAAACAAUCAUGGUUCCACGGUCUCUGCACCACAUUGUUUCCAAGAAUGGUGCUCUGUUCCGGGAGCUUUCUCGAGAUGGCAUUCGCGUCGAUCACAACGGACACAAACCACCACCAAAACCUGCUGCAAACCGCGGACCACGGACACGGACAACAAAUGGUGAAAUGCCACUGAUCACUGAUCAGCCUGGGGAGGAGUCCUACUCGUGGGAUAUCGUCUCCAAUCAGCAGGGACUUGAUGGUGAUUCGGGAGAGAUCCCUUGGGUGAUCAUGGCCGGCAGGGACUCUUCAGAGGACACAGUCGCCAAGGCGAAGGACAAGAUACAGUCCCUGCUAGAGAAGGCUGCCGAACCUCAACACACGGGCUUCCUGAUCCUUCCCGAUCCCAGACUGCACCGCCACAUCAUCGGACAGGGGGGCUCGACCAUCAAUGCUAUUAGGAGACAAUCGGGUUGUGACAUUCAAGUUCCAAACAGAAAUUCUGGCAAAGGCGAGGAGGGAGAAGCUAUCACGAUUGUAGGCAAGGAAGAUGGUGUGCUGUCAGCUCGGGAUAUGAUUCUCGAGGAGAUCAAGAAGGCCGAGGCUGGCCGAAAUUCGCCGAGGGGUGCUGGUCGUGCUUAG